CACUUUCCUAGCAAUCCCAAGUUUCCAGACCUCAGCAUCAUUUGUCGCUGAAAGGUGCUAGCAAUAUUCCCAUCUGACCCUAAUGGAGUUACGCGGCCUUACUAUCCUGCUGCUGGUUUUGUUCUUCAGCAUAGCUCAGGUCUCAACAGAAACCUCCAUUGAAGACCAGCAACAUACCCAGGUGGUGAAAGGACCAAGAAGAAGGCUUUUUCCAUUUGUUGAUUGUGGAGGGUUGUGCAAGGUGAGGUGCAGCUUACACUCUAGGCAAAACAUCUGCACAAGAGCAUGUGGAACCUGCUGCGCUAGAUGCAAAUGUGUUCCUCCAGGGACCUCAGGGAACAGAGAAAUGUGUGGGAGAUGCUAUACUGACAUGAGAACUCACGGCAACAAGCCCAAGUGCCCUUACUAAUUAGCUCCAUGCAUCUGCUGAAUCGAACCAGCUCUCUGAUAGACAAUCCCCAGUUGAGCAUGCCUUGCAGUACUUGAGUGUUAGAGAUGUGUGUACUCCCCUGUUUAUGGAUUUUGCUGUUCUAUUUGGUAGCUAAUACAUAAGAGUCGAUUUCUUGGAGCUUCCGUAUUCCAAGUUCCAUGUUAUCGCAGCUAUAAUCUCUCUCUCUCUCUUCAAUCACCAAAUUGCAUGCCAGACAGAAACCUCUAGUAAUUAAGCAGGGCAGUUGAGCCAUUUUUGAUGCUCCAAAAAUCAUUAAAAAAAAUCAGGAGCAUGCAGUGAAUACAACACCUCCCUCACAAAUCCGAAGAUAAAGUUUAAACAAAGAAUUAAAAUUUCUUAACAACGGAGCUGGCAAGUUUUCAUAUCCAAGCUGUAGUGGAGAAAUUAUGUUGAAAUGAUUUACUCAAAUGGUUCAAUCAUGGCUUUAUUGGUACAAGCUGGAGUAGCUUACUAGUAGGAUUAAUAUAGCUCAUCCAAUCACCAGUUAUGUCUCCCAAUUGAGCAUCAUCCAAUCAGUUCCAUAACAAAAAUGCAAUGCCGUAAACCAUAUUUCCAUAAGCGUUAUUUCUUCCACUUUGAAUCCUUGCAAGUGUUGAAUUCGCCCUUUUCUUGCCCUUCAUCUCUUGGCUGUUUAGAGAAUUGAGAUGGUUCUCUGGAUUAUAUGAAACAAGCAUGUUGCUCUAUAAAAACUUGCUGGGAAGCGAAAGGUAGUUACCCUAGGAUCAAUCCCACAUUGCUUAGACGAGGAAAGCUAUUACUUCUAGACCAACCUUAAAAAUUGGGGGUUAUAACCAAAAACAAAUCAUUCAACCGCUUGAGGAGCAGAGACAGAACCAUUAUUUAGCCAUUUACUAGUAGAUUACGUGUGCUUGCCGCAGACAGCGGUAUAUGCCAAUAUUUGGAGGCAUCUCCCUAAGGGGGUGAGUUUAGCAAAUUAGCCUUCUCCUGCCCGCUCUUUGAUUGGCGGCAAAUGGGGAUUCUCCAGUUGGGAAUGUGUCGAGAUUAAUAGACUCUUUUAAGCUUAUCUCAUGUCUUUAGCUGGCUGAGCCGUCAUAACAGGCGACAUUUUUCCGAUUAGUCAACAGUUUCGGGUGACAUUUUAUCUUGUAAUAAUGAUCAUAAGAAUAGUAUUGAUGAUGGAGAAAUCGUUUCAAGCCCAAAACUGUCAAUCAUAUCAGAUCUGCCUCGAGAAAAAGUUGUUACGUUCUAAAGACAAAUGGGCACGAUAGAGAGAUGAUGGAUGGAUACAAAAUGUAUAAACAAAUACAAAAUGUAUAAACAAAGCCAGGACCAAAUCCCACACCUACUCCAGCUACGAUAAAGGAACUUUCAAGCUUAAAUUGGAGAGUACUCAACCGAGCUGUGAGCAGAAAGAAUACCAUGACCGCUUUCGUUAUGGAUAGGAGUUCUUGUAGGAAUUAGCCCUGUAAUUUUCGUUGAAACUAACAAUUAUACUUCAGUUAAAGUUAAAUUUGUGGGCAUUGUAGAUUUGUCGUCGAAACAGUGCCCAUCACUUCAACUUCAAUAAUACGUUGUAGUAUAGUAUAGAUUUGUAGUCAUUCAUAAUGGGACCUUGCCAUUUUAUUCAAGGCCGGUGGUUUAAGACAAUCUUUUUUAAGGGUUCUCCACGUUGUAAAAGCCUUUUUACGACUAUAUGACUGACCUGACUCAGAUUUGGGCACCUCCUGUUAAUCCGUUUUAUUCAUUUACUCCCGCAUCUUGCAAGUGUCAUAGGUCAAUAUUCAAGCUCCAAACUAGCGUGGUUUCAAGAUACCGAGAUGGCCUUUUCCGUGUUCUAGUUUAGUCUAAUUGUCACGGUUCACACUAAUUUGUGAGGUAUUGUCUGUUUUGGUCUCUUUAUUCUCACAAUUUUGUCUCACAAAAAGCACCUCACAAAGAGAAAAUUGUAUGAACACUUAUAUCCCAAGAUUAGUACACAGCCGAGGCAUAUUGCUAGUAUUUUCAGAGCUGGUUUUGAUAUCACUUGUUAUGAGUCGAGACUCAAGCUCUAAACUCACAUGGUUUUAGGAUACUGGGAUGGCCUCUUCUAUAUCUCAGAUUAGCCUAACUGUUAUGAUCCACACCAACUUGAGAUAUUGUCUGUUUCGGCCUCAUUAGCUUUACGGUUUUGUCUCACAAAAGAUGCCUCACAAGGAGAAAGUGGUGUGAACACUUAUAUUCCAAGACCAAUUCUAAUAAACAACCGAUAUGGAAUUCAUGGUA